GUUUCGCUCUUGUUGCCCAGGCUGGAGUGCAAUGGCACCAUCUCGGCUCACCGCAACCUCCUCCUCCUGGGUUCAAGCGAUUCUCCUGCCUCAGCCUCCCGAGUAGCUGGGAUUGCGGGCAUGCGUUGCGCCACCACGCCUGGCUAAUUUUGUAUUUUUAGUAGAGACGGGGGUUCCUCCAUGUUGCCCAGGCUGGUCUUGAACUCCCGACCGCAGGUGAUCCGCCCGCCUCGGCCUCCCAAAAGUGCUGGGAUUACAGGCGUGAGCCACAGCGCCCGGGCGCAAAGUACGUAUUUUUUAUUAUAGUUUGUUGUUAUUGCUGUCAUUCCUAUUUUGAGGUGAUUAAGUGCCUUCCUGGGCCUGACUCGAACAAGAUCACGGUCGGUUGCUCCUCCCUCGCCUCCAUUCCUACUUACAGGAUAGCAGCUGCACGUCACCUGACCAGAGACAGGGCGGGACGCGAGGCUAACAGUUUGUCCUCAGCGCGCCGCCGUAGCCCCCGCCGCCGGCCGUGCGGUGGCCCCUCCCGCCCACGCGCCAGAGUCGCAGUGGGCGGGCCUACGUGCUCCGCCCGCUGUGAGCCUGUCCGGCCCCCUCCCGCUCCGGAGCAACCCGCGAGCUUACACCGGCUUCUCUCUGUCCUCAGCCUGCGCGCCGCCAUCGCCGUCAUGCUGGGCGCCGCUCUCCGCCGCUGCGCUGUGGCCGCAACCACCCGGGCCGGCCCUCGAGGCCUCCUGCACUCCGCCCGGACCCCCGGCCCCGCCGCGGCUAUCCAGUCAGUUCGCUGCUAUUCCCAUGGGUCACAGGAGACAGAUGAGGAGUUUGAUGCUCGCUGGGUAACAUACUUCAACAAGCCAGAUAUAGAUGCCUGGGAAUUGCGUAAAGGGAUAAACACACUUGUUACCUAUGAUAUGGUUCCAGAGCCCAAAAUCAUUGAUGCUGCUUUGCGGGCAUGCAGACGGUUAAAUGAUUUUGCUAGUACAGUUCGUAUCCUAGAGGCUGUUAAGGACAAAGCAGGACCUCAUAAGGAAAUCUACCCCUAUGUCAUCCAGGAACUUAGACCAACUUUAAAUGAACUGGGAAUCUCCACUCCGGAGGAACUGGGCCUUGACAAAGUGUAAACCCCAUGGAUGGUCUUCCCCAAGGAUUUAUUGACAUUGCUACUUGAGUGUGAACAGUUACCUGGAAAUACUGAUGAUAACAUAUUACCUUAUUUGAACAAGUUUUCCUUUAUUGAGUACCAAGCCAUGUAAUGGUAACUUGGACUUUAAUAAAAGGGAAAUGAGUUUGAACUGAAA